AUGACAUCCAUCCCUAGACCAAGCCAGGAGACGGUUCACAGGCUUAUGAGGGACCAAGUUGCCCUUGUCACCGGGGCAGCCAGAGGAAUCGGCUUCUCAACGGCAUUCCUUCUGGCACAACAUGGCGCGCGGGUGGUGCUAGUCGAUGUGCGAGAGGAGGAGCUCAAGGCGGCCUGCGCCAAAAUCGGGCCCCGGUCGACAUACCAGGUCUGCGACGUUAGUGACUGGGAUCAACAAGUGGAAUUGUUCCAGCAUGUAUCGAGUGCGAUCGGGCCGAUUCAUCUGCUGGUCUGCAAUGCAGCCAUCAAUCCCGAAAUCGCACUUCUGCAGGCAUCCGACGCGCAGCAGCACGCGCAGAUGAAGGCGCAGGUACGCUACAACUACCUAGCCGAGGAGCGCGAUGGGCGGGACGGCAAAUGCCGGCGGCCGCCGACGACAGUGGUGGACGUCAAUUUGCACUCGGUGAUCUUCGGAUUGAAACUGGGGAUCCAGCACCUGAAGAAGCACGGCCGGAUUGUGGUGGUGGGAUCUGCGGGUUCGUACGUGCCGAUCCCCUCCCAGCCCCUUUAUUCCGCCAGUAAGCACGCGGUGCUCGGGUUGGUACGCAGCACGGCGCAGACGGAGGAGGUGGCCCGAACCGGGGUCUCCAUUUCCUGGAUCGCACCGUGGCUGACGAUGACCUCGAUGGUGGAGGGAUUACAGGCGACACGGGACGGGAGCCUGCAAAGUUCACCUGAUGACGUCGCGUGGGCCAUUCUUGCGGCUAGUGCGGCAGAGGCGCCGAAUGGCAAGGGGUAUUGGGUGCAAGGCUCUGCAAUCAGCGAAGUGGAGGGGGCUUACGGGGGAGGUGGCGGGUCAAUUAAUUUGCCCAGAGAACCGGUUCUAGGGUUUAACCUCGGGAUCCGUGGACCCUGA